GUCUAGAUUACUGUAGUCGGUUGUUGACAUUGUCGUAGACAUUCAGACGGAGCUUGGAGCGGAGCAGAGAGCUGAGUGAGGCCGGAGUCGCGGAGCUCUAUGUGGGAAAGCGUGGCGGCCCGAUGGGGAAUCAUGAGUGUCUAAACUCAAUGGGGAGCGAGAGCAUUGUAGCUCGAUGACGUCGUAGUCUGCUGUCUGCUCUGUCGAAACUGUAGCGUCUUGGGGUCGAUUAGAACUGUACACGCCAAGUACAGAAUCUAUACACCAGUUGAUUGACGGUUGAGAGGCGGGACCAAAGAGCCAAAGCUCAACCCCAGCACGCACAACUAGAAUUGCAACUGUAAGUUAUGGUUUUCUAAAGAGAAGGAUGAUGAAAGAUGCUCUAAGGAAAACUGUGACCUUUCAGCAGCUGAGAAGGUCCUAUCACCCUCCACCACUGAUAUCAGCCGAGUUUAAGGGACGUGUUAUCGAUUUACGCUCGGAUACAAUAACAAAGCCCACAUCAGGCAUGAAGCAGGCAAUGAUGGAUGCUUUACUUGGGGACGAUGUCUAUCGGGAAGAUCCAACAGUAUCAGAGCUGGAGAAACGUAUGGCAGAGUAUACUGGGAAGGAUGCAGCUCUAUUUGUACCAUCAGGCACCAUGGGGAACCUAAUCUCUGUAUUGGGUCACUGUGAGCAUCGGGGCUGUGAAGUCUUGCUGGGUGACAAAGCACACAUUUUCCUCUAUGAACAGGCUGCCUCUAAUUACAGCGAUGAUUGUGUGUCCUCUGCUCAGCAGCUUGGUGGCAUACAGCCUCACAUUAUUCCAACUCUACCAGAUGGAACAUUUGAUGUUAAUGAGAUACAACUAAGAUCACGAGUUGAAGAUGUCCACUGCCCAAGAACUUCCCUUGUUUGCAUUGAAGAUACACAAAAUGUAUGUGGUGGGAAGGUUGUGCCCAGUCAUUGGAUUGAUGAGGUUGGAGGUAUAGCAAAAUCUCUGGGCAUUCCCAUACAUAUGGAUGGAGCACGUUUGAUGAAUGCAGUAAUUGCCAGUGGAGAGAGUGCAGCUCGUAUCCUACAAAGUUGUGACACUGCUUCCAUAUGUUUUAGUAAGGGGCUUGGAACACCUGUUGGCUCUAUCAUUGUUGGUCCAGAAGAAUUCAUGUACAGAGCUUUGCGCCUUCGCAAAGUAUUGGGUGGUGGCAUGAGGCAAGCUGGCAUGUUGGCUGCAGCAGCAUUAUAUGCUCUGGAAAAUAUGGUUGACCGCUUGGCAGAUGAUCACAAGCAUGCCAAGCUCCUUGCUCAAGCAAUUUCCGAAACUGGAAGCAAGAACGUAACAUGCCAAGUAGCUGACGUACAUACUAAUAUAGCCAUCGUGCAUCUGUAUCCUGGUGCUAUAACUCCUGAACAAUUCUGUAGCAGGCUAUCAAUGGUUGGAGAAGACGAGAACAAAGUGGUGGGUGAAGAGGUGAUAGUAAAAGUACUGCCAUGGUCAGCAGACUCGGUUCGCUUUGUUACUCAUCAUGAUGCAACCUUUACUGACAUCGAAGUAGCAAUUGCAAAGUUAAAGCAUGUUAUAUAUGAGAUAGACUUGCAAGUGAAGUGAGAAUGCUGGUGAUAUGAGAUAUAUCGUGUUCCAUAUUUGAAUUGUACUCGUUUUAAAAUUAAAUACUUGUUUAAAAAAAAUUAAAAAUUAUUUUAAAAAUGCUUUUAUUUUAAGAUGGUUAAUAAUUACAAAUCUUAAAACAAUUAACCCCUAGAUUAUGGCAUUAAUUUAAACUGUACCUCAACUUUGUUGCAUAAAAUGCAAAUUAAUUUGAAUAGAUUAGUUGAAAUGGGGGAAAAAUAAUAAUUAUCCUUUCUAUAGUUCGGUAUGCAGUGCUUGUGAAUUCAUGCUCCGAAGCUGAUUUUUUCCACAACUGUAGGCACGCAUCGAAUUGUGUGUACUGGAUAAUGUUACUCAUUAUUAGAUAGGAAUUAUUACAUGCAAGAAUAAAGAAAAUGUAAAGAAAAUAUAUUCUCUGGUAUUUGAAAAUGCUCUAAUAUUUUCUAAUGAAACAAUAACUGGUUUACAUGUUUUUUUUUUGCUUAUGAAAGUUAUCCAUUAGCUCUGUAUUUAUACCAAAGAAACUUGAAAACAUUUAAGUAGCUCAUUUGAGCUUGAGCCAUCUAUUGAAGAUAAUGCUUCAUAUCCUAACUGCUGUAUGGUGCACACCACACGGUGAACCAUCUUACUGUAUUACUAUACCUGCAGAUUGUACAUUUCCAUAAGUAAAUACUUUAUAAUAUUACAUGUUCUGUAGUUCAAGGGUCAAAAAUAUUAGCUCCUGACAACGUGUUCACACACCUUUAGGAGAACAUGAGUAAAUAAGUGAAUUUUCUGACAAAAUCUUUGCAGUCAUCGAUUGCAAGAUUAGGAUGAGCUAACAAUUUUUGAACAGACCUAAAAAUUUGUUACUACUCUCUCUCAAAGAAGAUUUUUUCCCCCCUAGCACGAUUAUAUUGUGAUGUGUGUGUUGAUUUAUACAGUUAACAGCAUUCACACCCCUUUCCCAUUCCCAAGAAUUUAAAAUGACAAAAUUGGUAUUCUCCAAGACUAGUGUUGUUACUGCUCUGCUUCUGGCAUUGGUACUUACAGUAUUACUUGUUCCUCACUUAAACUAUUGCCUGUAUAAUUUUGUUUAUUUUUCAUUAAAAAUAAAAUAGGUAGAUUUAUAGUGAAAAUAAAUGUAAAUAUUCCUUCAUUUUGGAUGUAGCUAGCCCAGCCACCCAUUAUCAUUACCUAAUGUCUUGCAUAUGCGAUGUGAUUUUUUACAAUGCUAUUUAUUUGAACAUAAAUAAUAUUUGUAAUUAUUCUCUGUACUUUAUGAUGAUGAAUGAGCUUCAAUGUGUUGAUAGAUUUAGAAUUUACUAAGAAUGGUCUUUUAGGCAUUAGUAUUUAAAAUGUAAUUCAUUUUUAUUUCAUAUUAAAAUAUGCUCAUAGUCUUGAAGGAUUUGUUGAAAUUAAUUUUUUUUUUUAGUAGUUAGUAACUGUUAUUUACAGAACUACUCAUAGAACAAAUUGUGUUAUUAAUUUUAGUGCAAUUUGACAAAAGUUUCAUUGGUCAUAUAUUCCUAAAUUAUCAGUGUCCAACACUUGCUUCAAAGUAGCUUGCCAAUUUCAUUGACUUGCUCAAUAUUAAUAAGUUAUAGUAAUGAAAUAUAUGUUAAUUAGGUCACACUUUAAAUGAGUUUUCCACCUGUAUCACACUUGCAGUAAGCAUGAUUUUUCGAUCCCAGUAAUCAACAUUUGUUCUUUCUGACUAUGUUAAAGUAUAAAAAGUUGCCCAAUUUCAAAAUAAAAGAUUUUUAUAGCACUUUUAUUUGUGUAGAUGUGUGCAGAAGCUUAAGAGCAAAGGUGGCUCUUGCAAGGUGAUGAUAAAGUACGCAAAAGUCGUGCACCCCUACAACCACGCAUGUAAGGAAAAUAGAGCUGUAACUUGAAUGUGAUAGUUGGAUAAGUUUGAGGACCCAUGUAUUUUUAGGUUUUGACUUGUAGAAUUUAAGUUUUUCUGGGAUCAUGACUAAAAUACACAGUACCAAUUGA